AUGUUACGCUCGGCGACGACGUCGAGAGCAGUCGUCAGACGCUCAGUGCGCUGUCUGCAGACCUCAGCACGACGGAGAAACGAGGGAUUUGACUGGAACAGCGUUGAACGUGCUCAGGACGAGGUCGAUGUUUGUAUUGUUGGAGGUGGCCCGGCCGGGUUGAGUGCGGCCAUUCGUCUGAAACAGCUUGAGCAGGAGAAGGGCAAGGACAUUCGAGUUGUUGUUCUCGAAAAGGGAGCUGAAAUUGGCUUACACAUCCUCUCCGGCGCCGUUAUUGAACCCCGCGCACUCAAUGAACUCCUCCCGGACUGGCAAUCCCACCACUCCCACCCGCUCACGCAACCCGCCACAUCCAGCCGAAUGCUGUGGCUGACCUCCUCAUCCUCCUUCCCCAUCCCCCACCCACCACAGAUGUCUAACAAAGGGAACUACAUCAUCUCCCUCUCACAAUUCUCUACAUGGCUGGGCUCAAUAGCGGAAGAUCUCGGCGUUGAGAUCUACCCCGGCUUCGCCGGCGCCUCGCUCGUCUACUCCUCGGACGGGAAGGGCGUCCUCGGCGUGCGCACGAAUGACGUCGGAAUCGAUAAGAAGGGAAACCCUACGGACCGGUUCGAGCCUGGGAUGGAGUUCAGAGCGAAGGUGACACUGUUGGCGGAGGGUGCGAGGGGUUCGUUGUCUAAACAGGCGAUCAGGAAGUUUGGAUUGGCGGACAAGUCGGAUCCGCAGACGUAUGGAAUCGGGGUGAAGGAGGUCUGGAGGGUGGACGAGAGUCAGUAUAGACCUGGAGAGGUUAUUCAUACGCUGGGGUGGCCGUUGGAUAUGAAGACGUAUGGAGGAGGCUGGGUGUAUCAUAUGGACAAGGGCUUGGUCAGUUUGGGCUUGGUUAUUGGGCUGGAUUAUCCGAACCCGUAUUUGAGCCCAUUCAAGGAACUCCAGCGAAUGAAACACCACCCCUACUUCGCCAAACUCCUCUCAGGCAACUCAGAACGCGUAGCCUACGGUGCUCGAACACUGAAUGAAGGCGGCCUCCAAUCCGUCCCCAAGCUCCAUUUCCCAGGUGGCGCCCUCAUAGGCUGUUCCGCCGGUUUCGUCAAUAUCACCAAAAUCAAAGGGACGCACAACGCCAUGAAGACGGGUAUGCUCGCCGCCGAGGCUGCCUACGACGCCGUCACUUCCUCACCCUCUCUCGCGUCCGAAUCCGAAUCCGAGCCUGCAGAGUCUGAGCCCGAGCCAAAACCGACCGACAUGUCCGCCUACGAAUCCUCCUUCGCCUCCUCAUGGGUACAUUCCGACCUCUACGAAGUCCGCAAUAUCCGUCCCUCGUUCACGACCUCCCUCGGCGUCUUCGGCGGCGUCGUCUACUCCGGAAUCGACUCUCUCCUCCUCAAAGGCCGUACACCCUGGACAUUCCGCAACACCUCACGAAAGACGGACGCACAGCACACGAAACGCGCACGCGAAUGUAAACCCAUCGAGUAUCCGGCGCCUCAGGCUCCACUUUCGACUGAUUUGUUGACCGCUUUGGCGUUGACGAAUACGAACCAUGCGGAGGAUCAGCCUGCGCAUCUUAGAGUGCGGACGGAGGAUAGUUUGGAUCAGGCGGGGGUGGGGAUGGGAGCGACGGAUGCGGAGAAGGUGAGGGUGGAGACGCAGGAGAGGAGGGGAGAGCAUGUGAAGGUGAAUACGGAGGAGUAUGCGGGGUUGUUGGGCAGGGCUUGUCCGGCUCAGGUUUAUGAGUAUGUGGAGGAUGAGGCGGGGACGGCGGGGAAGGAGGGAUGGGGAGGGAAGAAGUUGGUUAUCAAUGCACAGGCGUGGAUGGAUGUGAAACAGAACUGUAUACAUUGCAAGCUCUGCGAUAUCAAGGUCCCAACGGCAGACAUCCAAUGGACCGUCCCAGAAGGUGGCGGGGGCCCGAAAUACACUGUAACAUGA